AUGUGCAAAUCCAAGGCUCAUCCCAAGUUUUCCCUCAGCACGACUCCUGCUUUAAAUAGCUUGGCUUGCGGUUUAAGAACAGGCCUGUGUAUCAAUCAACAGAAGCGCGCACAUGCACAAUUCAACACCCGGUCUGCAAAAAUAGAUCAUCAAACUGAGUGCUGGCACGUUGUACAAAAAUAUGCCACGGCAGUGGAGAAGAGCAUGCAUUUGUAGCCGUUUUAUCAGGAUCUUUAUGCGUCUUUGAGCAGUUUUGGGGUUUGAUGAGGUCAUGGGUGCAUCUAAAACAAGAGCCACAGUCAGGUUGGAUGUCUGUGAUUUUUGCAUGGUUGCACAGUUGGACAGAAGUGUUUUUGGUUGGUUAUAACGGGGCCACCUGUUAUUCCACUGGGGAAAUUCCAUUAGCAUGUUUAGGGUCAUGGUGAUCACCACCCACCUCAGAGGACACUUCCUCUUCCCAUUCAUAUAAAAGACUGGUGACCACCAGUAGAGCCCAAACGGAUUAUAAACCUGGAAAUUGCAACUUACCAAACCAGCAAACACAAGAAGAAGAACCAUGAGUACGGCUGCCGUUCAACCCAACCAGUCUUUAAGCAGAGCCGUCAGAAAGAUCAAGGUGGCUUCGGCGGUGAACAGCCUUGCCAAAAGCUGGCAAAGCUGGGCGAAUAAACACACCGACCAGCAAGACACGAUCCCAAGCGGCUGGAUGCCUGACACUAUCAUCGAGGACGAGAAAGAGAAGCAGAAGGAGAAGAGUGAGAUGAAACUCUUGGUCACUCCUCGUGUGGUGUCGGAGAACAGCGAGGACUGCGAGGAUGACCAGAUCAAGACUGUAUCCGUGACUAAAGCCAUCACGCCAAAAUGUAACGAAUACGGAAAAGACCAAGUGAGCAUCAUCAAGGACAAGAUCAACACCAAUCAGCUAACCUCAGAGGACACCAAAAACUUCCUCGGCAACGAAUCUCCCACCAGGAGACGCUACUGUGGUUGGAAAGCUGGAAACUUUGCGAAGACAACGGGAUCCCGGAGUAGCAGUUUAGAUGCAGAGGACAGCGGUCUUGGGGAGGAAGCGUCUCUGAGCGACACCAGUGAUCAGAAUGAGAAUGAACCAAAGAAGCAUGUCACCAGACACAAGAUUAAAAUAACCACGAUGAAUGACCUGAAGAGCCGGUGGCAGCAGUUUGCUAAAGAACACAUUGAGGGUCAGAAGCUCAACCCUUUCAGUGAAGAGUUUGACUAUGAGCACGCCAUGGCUACUCGACUCCAAAAGGGCGACACAGGAUACGGCCGGCCCAAAGAGGGAUCCAAGACGGCCCAGCGUGCCGAUCGAGCCCAGAAACACAUCUAUCGGGAGAUGGAUGAGAUGUGCUUUAUCAUUCGCGACAUGGGCCAAAUCAAUGAGGAGGGACUUCGCUGGGUCACCUUCGGCCGCCUGUUUGACCGAUACGUUAAAAUCUCCGAUAAAGUUGUGGGAAUUUUGUUGCGCUGUCGUAAGCACAAGAUGGUGGACUUUGAGGGCGAAAUGCUCUGGAAGGGCCAGGAUGAUGAUGUUAUAAUCACGUUACUGGUUUAAUGUUCUGGAAACUAACCGUAACGUGACAUUAGCUCAAUUCUUUUCAAAAUACUGUAGCUUGUCCACUUAAAACAAGUAAUGGUGGAGCCAUUUUCAAAAUGUACUUUGCUGUUUUUUACGCAUUGCAAAAGCAAAUUCAAACAAAUGAUUUCCAUUACACGAGAGUAGAUGUUAAAACUUCAUGCUGAUUUGUACACAAACUAAGACGUAGCUUUACAGUAAACUAUGCUUCUUCAUCCAUUUAUGCUUCUUUUGAUGAUUGUUUUUUGUUUGCACCAGAUAAAAACUACUUUCAAAAGGAUAGCUUGAGUGUAGUUGAACUACUUUAAGUUUCAAAUUAGUCUCUCUUACACUAUUUAUAAUUUCUUAAGCAGGAUGAAAUAGCAGAACCUUGAGAACGUUCCAGAAAUCUGAUGAACUCUCUGAGAUGUUUUGGUGCAUGAGGCGUCAGGAGUUAGUUUUAGAGGUGAGACUGUGAAGGUUUACACGAGAAAAUCCUCGAUGUCUAGACAUGUUUUGGAAAUAAUCUCAUGUUUCAGACAAAAUCAUGUUGGCCCUGUGAGAGCAGAGUUAAGGUUUCUUUGAAGUUUUUGCACAAUUAUUAAUUCCCAUCUGAAUAUUUUGUUCAUUUGCGUCUGUUUUCAAACACAACUGUUGUUUUAUUGUCCACUGUUUGUCACCAUUAAUAACCUCUUUCAAAAUGAAAGCAUGAUUGUCUUCUUACAGAAGGAUUUGUUAUAAAUAUUUGAUUAUGCAGUAUAAAAAAUUAUUUAUUUGAUGUGUAAUUAUUAUUCUGUCAGUUAAGGAUGAAAUAAAACCACAGAAAACCACAUUGACCUUA